CGGCAUCGGCCCGAUGAACGCCAGGGCCAGGAGCAGAUCGCCACGGCAAACUCAGCUGAGUUCUAAGGAGAUUGCUCAGUUGAUCUUUGCCCGAGAACAGGCCCGGUUGGCAAAAGACUGGAGCCAAGCAGACAACCUCCGUUCGCAACUUCACGACGGGGGAGUGCAAUUGUAUGACAAGACUCGACUGUGGAAAUGCUCGGAUGGACGGAGCGGUCGAAUCCCCACCUUCGAUGAAGUGGAGGCUGGACAGGUAGAACCUGUCUACGAGGAUGCAAAGGAAGAGGUGGACGGUAGCAAGGAGGAGAUUCAGAGCUUGGUCUUGCAGCGGGAGCAAGCGCGAGGAAGCAAGGACUUCCAGCAGGCAGAUGCCAUCCGAUCCCAAUUGCAGGACCUUGGAGUUGAACUCUUGGACAAGGAGAAACUGUGGAAAUGUCCCAGCAGAGGGAUGCAGGGCAUCAUCACUGGCUACCGCAGCAACGAGCUCAGCGAUGUGGAGGUCCACACCUUGGUUAUGCAAAGAGAAAAGGCAAGAAUGGGCAACGACUAUGACUUGUCGGAUAUGAUCCGCGAUGAGCUCAAGAGCCGCGGUGUCACCAUCGAGGACAAGCAGAAAGUGUGGAAUUGUACAGAUGGGCGGCGAGGUGCUGUUCCCAGCUGGGCUCAGAUUACAGGUGAGGUGCAGCCAGACGUGCGUCCGGUUCCUGCCAUGCCGAGGCCUGGCAUCAUCCCUCAGGCUCCUAUGGUGCGGCAGCCCGCACGCCCGAGCAUUGAGGAUGAGCUGGUUUCAUUGGCAGUGGCAGCUGCAAGACAUCCGGACACUGCCACACGAGCCUUACAAGCCCUGCGGCAGGUCUUUGCUGGUGGGGCCAUAGCACCAAUGGCUGUGGCACAACCAGUGCUAGGGCUGCCUGCAGCACCGCGCAUUCAAAAGGCCCCAUCAAGCAGGCCAGAGGGACUUCCAGACUUUAACAAGGCCAUGCAAGCCAUUCGACGGAUCAAGGAUGGCCACCGGGUCUCUGAUGAAGAGAUCGAAUGGCUUGUCGCUACGCGUGAGCGGUUUCGAAUGACGAAGGACUACGCCAACUCAGAUGAACUGAGGAAAGCAUUGUUGUCAGUGGGCAUUGAACUCUUGGAGAAAGAGAAGAGAUGGACCUUCGAGGAUGGACGCUCUGGGAACAUUCCUCUCUGGAGUAAUAUUGCCCAAUGAGCCGCUAUGAACCGGCGACGCGACCGAGACGAUGGCAGCUGUGUGCAAACAAGGAAAAA